AUCUGCAAUAAAAAUGCUCUUUCUUCAGAACGUUUGAACCUUUAAAGGGUGUAAAACAAACAGUGUUCACUUCAUCUUAGCUCUCUCUCUGUCUCUCUCCUCUGUUUGUGGGUCCCAUUAAAUUCGCCGUCAUCUCCGAUGUCUCAGCCGUCGGUUGUUACGAAUCAGUCUCCGACGACCGAAGUUUCCGUUACUUCACGGACUCCGGCAACUCCGGCAACUCCUGCUUCUACGAAGAAAACGCAGGCAGGGCCAAAUACAAUUGGACUUUAUGCUGUACAAUGUGGAGAGUGCUUUAAAUGGAGACUGAUACCCAAUGAAGAAGAGUACGAAGUUAUCAGAAGUAAAUUGUUGGAGGAGCCUUUUACAUGCAGUAAGAAGCCUAAUACCUCAUGUAAUGAUCUUGCUGAUAUUGAAAAAGAUGCCACCAGGACUUGGGUGAUUGACAAGCCUAACAUCCCAAGGACCCCAGUUGGGUUUAAGAGAAAGCUGGUUCUUAGAAGGGACUUCUCUAAACUGGACGCUCAUUAUGUGACUCCAACGGGGAAGAAAGUUAGGUCAGGUACCGAAGUGGCCAAGUACUUGGAAGAAAAUCCCGAUAUAAAAGGUGUGUCUGUGAGUGAAUUUAGCUUUACGGUGCCAAAGGUGGUCGAGGAGACUAUACCAAAGGAUGUUGAGAGGAAAUCCUCCGCUAGAGGAGAUAAGAAAGCCAAAGAUUCAAAGGCUGCUGAUUCUUGAAAUAGUUACCAGGGUAUUAUGUCUAGUUCAGUGUUUGUAAUGUUCAGCUAUGUUCUGAAACCUUUUUCGUCAGUGUCUUUAUGUUGCAUGACGAUUUGAUGCUUGUAUAACUACUAGAUAUCGGCUAUCUGAAUGACCCUAAGUUUGCUUUCAAA